AUGAGUCUGGGAAUGAUGGAAGAAGAAGACCUGGUGGAGUACUUCCGCUUGCAGUAUGGGGAACGACUGCUGGAGUUGCUAACGAAGUUCCCUUCAACAGAGGAGCAGUCACCAUCUCCAUCCAUCCGGCUCCUAGAGAAAAAGAAAGAGGCCAAAGUGAUGCAUCAAGCCAUGGAGGAAAAAAAGGAGACAUUUAAAAGGAGAAUGGAGGCCCUGAAUCUGCGCUGGGAGGAACUUGGAGCCAAGGAGGCACAACUAAAGGCUCAUAUAAAGAAGUUUGAACAGUUUAUACAGGAAAAUGACCAGAAAAGAAUUCGAGCUCUGAAGAAAGCCAGCAAAGAGAGAGAAUUGAAGAGACUUCGGGUGAAAGAAUUGGCUAGGGCUAAGCAAGAGAUGGCGGCCCUGAGACAGGAGCAUCAGAGGAUAAGUGCCAAACUGCAGGACUACUCCAUAUUCCAAAAGUACUUGGAGAAAGUGGUGGAGAACUCUGAGUUUGAGGAGAUCCAUGAGGUUAUUGGACGCUACAAGACACUGGUGAGUAUGCACCAUGACCUGAUGCAGUCAGCCCAAGAGGGGCAGGAGAAAAUUGACAAGGCCAAAGCCCGGCUUACCCACUAUGUGGAGGAAAAGGAUGAUGAGGUCCUACAGCACAACAAUGAGCUUGCCAGGUUGCAGAUGCGGUAUGACCGUGCCCGGAGUGAUGUCAUCAUUUGGGAGUCUCGAUGGGCACAUAUCCAGAAUACAGCUGCCAAAAAAACUCUCCUGCUGGGCACCAUCAAGAUGGCAACCCUGAACCUCUUCCAAAUUGUGAGCAAGCAGCUGAAGGAGACCACCACACAAGUGGCCGUGGAGGAUACCCACAAACAGCUGGACCUGAUCCAGGAGUUCAUCCAAGACCUCUCAGAUAUCUGGGCAGAGGUGAAGAAGAAGGAGUCAGCAUCAAACCCACCAGCCAUCUCAUAUAAGACAUAG